AUGCUGGAUGACCUCAUCAAUGUGAGGCGACUGCACAAACCCAAAUGCUUCUCCCAAGCAGUUGGACGAUCCCAGCUGUACAUUAAGGGAGACAUGGAAAUUGUGUUCAAGAACCAAUUUGGCCAGAAGCAAACCUUCAUGGCCCGCAAUGUCCUGUACUCCCUAGAUGCUGAUGCUACAUUGAUUUCUGCAGAACUUAUGUUUAAAGAUCAUGGCAUCUAUAUAGACAGGCCAUCAAACACCCUGCUCCAGAAAGGCAAGCCAGUGGGCUUGCUCACAAUAGUCAAGAAUGUGACUGUGCUCAGGAACUUCCGCAUUAGGAGAGCUCCAAAGAGCAAAAUCAACAGAUCAAAACUGAGAGGCCUUGCAGCACUUGCCUUUGCCAAGCCAAGAGCUGACAAUGUUAGAUGGCACUAA